UGUCAGCUCAGAUAUUGCAUUGAAGGUGUGAGGUUAAAGUCUGUCUGUCUCCAUAUUCAGACUGAUUCUAUUUCUACAAAAGGAUUUACAGAAACUUAUUUGGAUUCAUACAGUUUCUGAGCAAAAUAAAAUGUAAUUCUGCAUGUGCUAAGUUUGCAUGAUCACUUUCCGAACCUCUAUCAGUAAUGCUCUAACACUGACAGCAGUGGAAAUGUCAGAAUGUUUUCUCAUACCCUUUCGGUGAUAUCAAAAUCCAAUGAACUAUGUUUCUUCCACGCUUUCAGAAGCCACAUGCCUCGGAUGGGAAAAAAAAUGUGCUCGACUGACUUAGUUUGCCAAACACAGACAAAAAUAUACCUAUUUAAUGUGCAUUUUGUACUUGGAACAUAUGUGACAGAAAUUUGAAAACCGUGCUGAAAAGAUUUUCAUCCCAAAGAAAUCCUUACCGUCAUUAGUUAAUCCGUCUAUUUCUUCAUACACGUAUCAAAUUAUAUUUUUCAGGAUUGAAAUACAUGGAUCCAAAUCACAAGAGACAAAUUAACAAGUACUUAUUAUAAGUUCUGUUGCAAAAACUAAAAUCUCAAUUUAAUUUUACUGUCUCCUUAAAAAAAAUACAGGAUGAACUUCUCACAGUUUGUUGUACUACUUUGUUAAAACCUAUUAUAAAUUAUUUAUUAUUCCCUUCAGCUGUGGUUUUCCAAAUCCAUUAAACUUUUAGUCGUGAUGGUUAACAUGAAGUGCGUUAACCAACAUGUUCGGAAAGCAAAUCCGUGUAAUAUUCCGGACAGUAGGCAUUUAGGAAAAGUAGAUGUUAUGGGGCAUUCUAUCAGUGAAUACACACAGUGCCCGGCUAGCUCAGUCGGUAGAGCAUGAGACUCUUAAUCUCAGGGUCGUGGGUUCGAGCCCCACGUUGGGCGUCUCAUUUUGUUUUUCUUCUCAACACUAAGUUAAUUGUGUCAAGGUAUAAAAUAAUAUUGAGAUAUUUCAAAUAUACUUCUCGCCGAUUUGUCAUUUUUGAUCGUUAUUAUGUUCCUCUUUCCAGUUACCCCCCCACAACCCAAAAAACAUGCUUCUGCACACAUGUACUGAAAUGGGAUCGCACGUAAUCUUGUUUUAAUACAGGCCGGGUAGGGAGAGGACGCCUCCUCAUAAUUAUUUUAGGUUUUACUGGGGACGGAUAUCUGGGCCCCUUCGCAGCUCCUCCUAUUCCCCAUCCCACCACAUCUUGAAGCAUCAUUUCGUUUUCCUUCCCCCACCCCCUCCCUCAGCAACCGCAAAAUCCUGACGUCACAGCCGCGUUCUUUUUCAGCUUCGCCGGCUGCCGUACACCCGCUUUCCGCCAUGUUGUCUCGACGCCUGUGACGUCCGCAUAACGACUGCUUUUUUUGUGGAAAGGGAUUAAUCUUUCUCGCGUCCGUUUCGCCGUUUUUUUCGGUUUCGGUCGCUGUUCGGGGCUUGUUUUCUCCUUUUUCGACCUCGGCGCCGGCUCCGGGUUGAAAAAAAGCUCGAUAGAGAAAUUAGUGUUGGCGCUCCCGACUCCCUCUGCCUGAGAGCCAGGGCCGCCAACAUGGCGGACGAUGAGGAGAACAGGCUGACAACACAAGAGGGGGCAGCUCCCCAGCAGCAUGGCACCGACAGCCUGGAGACUCUGGUACAGCAGAACCCUGCGAGCACGGAGACCGGCUGUGCCAGCGUGCCCUGUAAGCAGUUCGAUGCCCACUCGUGCCAAGUGCUGCCGGAGGAGAUCGUGCAGGUUGUGGUGGGAGGAGGAGGAGGAGGAGGAGAGGCCACUCAGGCGGUCAGCACUUUAGCCGAUGGUGCGGGCGGCCUCUUGAACGCCAAUGGCAUCAUCAACUCUUUGGCCGAGGCCCCUCCAGUUGCUGGCACAGUGGCAGCGGUGGGCGCAGGUGACUUCACGGUGGCCGCGGAGGAGCUGGAGAGCAUCUCGAUCGAGUCCACCCCCAGCACUAUUAUUUAUGUGCAGCCCGAUGGCACUUUCGUGGAGGGCACGGGGCUGACCCCGGAGGAACAGCAACAACUGGUCGAGCAAUUGGCAAAGCAACAGGGACUGGUAGAAGUAAGCGAAGGCGAAGCGGCUCAGAUGUUUGGUAGUCAUCAUCAGGAACAGCAGGAACAUGCCCAGUUUGUGCAGCAUGUGGGUCUGACAGAUGAUCUCCAGCAAGUCAUCGCUCACGUUACAAAGUCGCAGCAACAAGCGACGCAAUUCAGCAAAAACAAUGUUGUGCAAUUGAACUCUGAGACUGCUGAAAAUCAAAUUCUACAGAAGACCAGUUUUGCAUCAUAUGUUCCUCCGGAAACUCGAGUGCUUUCCACAGAUCAGAACCAGAUGUUACAAGUGCCUGAGUGCAAUGCUACGAUGCAGCAGGUGCAUGCCAGUGUUCAUCCGAGUCAAGUUGUCCAAAGGAUAGAUUCAUGCAACCCAACCCAAAUUCAGCAAAUAAAUAUUUCCUCCCACUCCUCUCCAGUGAACCGGCCUAGUCAACCUAAGAUUCUAACGGCUGUUUCACAGCAGCCUGCUGUCUUUACUCAGCCGUUGACAAUCAUUCACAAUGCAACGCGACAGUUGCAAAAUGCUGCUCAUCAGGCUGCUCUACAGCAGAGUAUACAACAAAGCAUUGCACGUGCACAACAAAAAAUGGCUCCAUUGAGAGUUACACCCUCAAUCCAGCAUCAACUAGAAACUGUCCAAGUUCAUAUACAGACAGUUCAGCCACAGGAGGAAAAAGAUCGGCCCAUGCCACCCCUAGCUGUAGUACAGUCCAAAACUGCAACAUCUGGCCAGCCGGUUAACAAAAGGACCACUGUUUCAGGGGGAGUUAAUAUUUCUGGACCCCAGAUCAUUAGAAUCCAGCCAAUUUCAACAUCCGGAACACAACAGUAUAUUUUGCAUAGUUCUUCAGAACCUCCCAUUCAGCUACUUGUUCAGCGGCAGCCUCCUCCACUUGCACCCGUAAAUGCCAUUCGUGUGAUUCCAGGAGUGAGCAUCAGUGGACAGACUAGUAUUGCGAAUACCAGUGUAUCUACCAUUACAACAGCUGUAGGAAAUUCAGUUUGUUCCAGCCAUACCAAGAAGCAUGAACCUAGUGAUAAAUCAAAGGAGAAAAAACCUGUGAAGAUUAAAACUCGAUCUGGUCGAAUAUCACGACCUCCAAAAUACAAAGUAAAGGACUACAAGUUUAUAAAAACUGAAGAUUUGGCAGAAGGUCAUCAGUCAGACUCUGAUGAUUAUUCUGAAUACAGUUUUGAUGAAGAAGAUGUGAAAACGAAAGUGGAUGAGCCAAGCCUUUCAAUGCCUUGCUCUUUCAAACCCAAGAAGUUCAAAUGUGAUACUUGUGAAAAGUCCUACAUUGGAAGAGGAGGAUUAGCUCGGCAUUAUAGACUCAACCCAUUGCAUGGACAGCUGGCUCCCGUCUCUGAGGAACAGAGAACUUCUGUGGACAAAUCCAAUGGUAAUGUGAUUAUUGGGGAUAACGAAGAUGAUAGGAAUGGUCAAAUGAACCCUGAAGUAGUAGUAUCAUCCAUAGGUACUGACACUGCAUCUGUAAUGGUGGACAGCACAGCCCCUUCUUCCCAAGACUUCCAGCAGACUGAAAAGGUUACAUUAGCACGACAUUUUCCUGGACGCCGACGGACUGUACGACGUGGUCGACCUCCAAAACAUCACAACAACACUUAUCAUCAAGAGCAAAUCCUGAAGAGAAAAGCAAGAAUAAAAGAGCUGCUCAAACAGUGUGAUGACGAGGAAUUGAUGGAAUUGGCUCUUCCUAGGCUUACAAAAGUCAUUACUCUCUGGGAAUUUCUGUUAAUGAAGGUGGAAAAAGGACGGCCUGCCAGACCACAAUUUUCAGAUGUGUAUAGAGAAUUUGAGAUGCUACAUAAACAUGUGAAGAAAAUGGCUGAUGAGCACUUAAGCAAUUCCAAUAGGAUGAUAAAUCCUCAACAGCCCUUGCAGAUCUCUUGUACACAGGUUGCUGAGUCAUUAGGAAUAACUGAAUAUACAAACAAAGAAAACCAGCAAGAUGCAAGUGUGUCCCUAACCUACAGAUUAGUCACAGUAGAUGACCAGAAUCAUCUCAAUUCAUCAGGAGAAAAGCAUAGUAUGGAGAGAGACUUUGGAACCUUAUCCCCCUCAUCAAAACGAAUGAAAAUAGAUGACGCUGUAACUGUGACUGAAAACAACUUCAACCAAAAUGGAAUAGAGAUAACUGGUGAAGUACAAUUACAAAGCUUAACUACGGAAGAAGGCCAGAAACAAACUGAAUGUCCUACCCUGAAUGCUUGUGGGGCACAGACAAUGUAUGGACCAGCAGAUGAUCAAGUAUUUGACAAGCAUACAGAUGAUGGAGUGUUAGUUUCUGAGAAUAACAUUAAACAUUCCAGUUCUGUAGAGCAGUCUACUUCUGAGGAAUUGUGCUAUCCGGUAUCUCAAGUAACAUUAUCCAGUACUCAACUCCCUAUGUUGGAGCAACAUAAUGAAGUUCUAAAUAAUAGUAUAGAGGGACAAGAUGAUUUUUUGGCAAUGGACACAGAUAUUACAGCAGAGGAAUUGGUUCAAGAACAGUUGUCUUAUCAAAGUAUUCCAGAGCAGCUGAAUGAUACUGAACUAACCUCCACAGUACAAUCAGAGGAUGAGAUGACAAGUCAGAAUUCACUUCUUUCAGACGUGGCUAAGGGCAACCAAAAAGGUUCUGAAGCAAGCAACUCUGUUCAGAUUUUGCAGCAUCAACUGGGCAACCAGGAUCCACUCGGCAAUCCAGAACAGGCUGAGCACCUAAAUGAUUCUGAUAUAGCAGACCAGAUGCAGCAGCUUGAAAAAGCAUUGUCUCAGGAUGUGGAGGUUUGCAGUUCUGAAAGUAAUAAUUUACAGCAGCACCAACCUGAACAGACUUUUGAAGCUGAUAUUUCUACUGAAGUAGAUCUUGCUGGUCAGGUAUCUCACGAAGAAUUGAAUGGGUUGCAAGUAGUGAAUCACAAUAAGAUAAUAGGUCACUUUGAACAGAAUACUGAUCAAAGCAAUCAGGAAAAUUCCGAAGAUAUUUUAGCAAGCACAGUGACAGAAGACGGAGCAUUAGAAUUUCAAUUACCUGUUGGAAGUCAGGAACUGUUGGCUCAGGGACAUGAACAGAUAUUCAUUCAGACUUCAGAGGGCCUAAUUGUAUCACACGAAGGAACCGCUGUUGUGUCACAGACAUCUGAAGGCAUUGUUAUAGUAACUAAUGCUGAUGGCACCACAAUGCACAUACGAACCCCUGAUGGUGUUCCAUUUGAAACUGUAGAAGCACUUCUUGCAAUGGAUUCAGAAGGACAAAGUGAAGGUCUGUUAGUUACACAAACGCCAACUGAAGUGGAACAGUAAUUUGGUUGGUGUUGCCCCAUCUCAGAAAUAAAUAACUACAAGAAACUUUGCUGUCCACUGAAAUAAGAAAACACAAAAACAGAGCUGUAGUUUUUUUUUUGAAACAAAGUCUCAAGUUUCUUCCCGGUUGUUACAUUGAACAUUUAUAGCAUUUUAUGUUGAACUUUAUUGUCCCACAAGCCAACAAGACUGGUACAAAAGUAGGUGUAAAGUUUCAAGAAUGGUUUACCUUGAAUGUGGCAUUAUGCUUGGCAAGAUAUCUGUAGGUGUGAAUGAAUCCGGGUAUUUUUGUUGAAGUAUCCUGGGAGAUAGAUGUAACUACGAUGGACCAGAAAAUGUGAUGAUGUUGCACUGAAUUUGAAUGUUUUUUCUUUGCAUUUUUGACACCUUAUUGAUUAUUGAAAAUGACCAUUUUGCCAAUAUAGUGUUUGUAUUCAUUCUAUUACCAAUUCUUGAAACUGCCAUUAAAAGGUGAAUUGUA